AUGCCCGGAGAGGCAAAACGGUUCCAUGCCAUUGACAAAGAUUGGACAAGGAUUAUGGCAAGAGCAUCAGAAACGCUUAUUGUGGUUGAAUGUUGCCAAAACGAGCUACUGCGGCAACUUCUCCCCUCGCUCUUUGCUGGACUCGAGAGCUGUCAAAAAUCACUGGAGUCUUAUUUGGAAGGCAAGAGGAAUAAAUUUCCGAGGUUCUACUUUGUCUCCAAUCCAGUCCUCCUCAAGAUCCUUUCCCAAGGAUCUGAUGCAGAAACUGUUCAGGACGACUUGGAGAAACUGUUCGAUGCAAUUUCUAGAGUGGAGUUUGACAAAGCAGAUCGGAAAAAAAUUACAGCCAUCAAAGCCGUGGCUGGGUCGGCGGAGGAGGUGGUGCCUCUCACCGCUCCAGUCAAAGUCGAGGGAAACAUAGAAGACUGGCUACGUUCGUUAGAGGCUCAAAUGCAGAAAUCCAUUAGAAGGGAAUGCAAAUAUGCAGCACACGAAUCGGGUUCUAUCUACAGUCAAAUGACUCUGCGGGAGUUCUGCGACAAAUACAUCGCCCAAGUUGCACUGCUAGGAAUUCAGAUGAUAUGGACAGCCGACUGUCAGGAAGCUCUAGAUAAGAUGUCUAGGGAGCGAGACAGAACAAUCAUGUCGCAAACAAACAAAGUGUUUGCAACUAUGAUGGCAGACUUGGUGCAGUGCUGUCUCUCGGACCUCGGGACCAGGCUCAACCGCACGAAGUGUUACCUUACAUGCUCCCAAGCACUUGGCAUGUUUUACGGAGGAGCGCCGGCGGGUCCUGCUGGGACUGGAAAGACGGAAACAGUUAAAGAUAUGGGAAGAACGCUUGGUGUUUUUGUGGUUGUUACCAACUGUUCGGAUCAACACCGUUUUACAGAUAUGGCCAAGAUAUUCAAGGGCCUCUGUCAGAGUGGCUUAUGGGGUUGCUUUGACGAAUUCAAUCGAAUUGACCUGGAAGUGUUGUCCGUCGUUGCCAUGCAGAUAGAAUCUAUAACUCUGGCAAAAAAGCAAGCUCUCAAGACCUUCCUAUUCCCCGGCGAAUCAGCUCCCAUCAAGCUGGUCCCAACAACUGCCUACUUUAUCACAAUGAACCCUGGAUAUGCGGGGAGGCAGGAGCUCCCUGAAAACUUGAAGGUCUUAUUCAGGAGUGUAUCCAUGAUGGUUCCCGACCGGCAAAUUAUUAUAAAGGUCAAGCUGGCCUCAGUCGGAUACAUGGAUAUAGACAAUCUUUCAAAAAAGUUCAAGGUGUUGUACGGAUUGUGCGAGGAGCAGCUUUCAAAACAGAGGCACUAUGACUUCGGUCUCAGGAACAUUCUUUCUGUGCUGAGAACGGCAGGAGCCACGAAGCGUAACGAGCCAGAAGCGGAUGAGGAAAUGCUUCUCAUGAGAACCCUUCGUGAUAUGAACUUGUCGAAGCUGGUUGCGGACGACGUCCCGUUAUUCCUUUCGCUUCUCAACGACAUAUUCCCCCGCCAAGCAAAUCCACCGAAAAAGGUGUACCAGGAAGUCGAAACUGCUGUCUUGCAGGAGCUGCAAAAGCGUGGGCUUAUCCGAACUGAUGAGUUUUUGAUUAAAAUCAUGCAGCUUUACGAGACUUCUGUUGUACGUCACGGGUUUAUGUUGGUUGGCGAUUCCUGCUCGGGAAAAACAACGAUCGCCAAUACGCUGACAGCGGCGCUGACGGCCAUCGGGCAGCAGACCCGCAUUGUAACGAUGAACCCAAAGGCCAUUACUGCCCAGCAGAUGUAUGGUGUUAAGGAUCCUAUAUCUGACGAGUGGACUCCGGGUAUCUUCGCCUGGAUGUGGGCACGGUACAACAACCGCUCGUUAAAGUUCAACACUUGGAUUACCUGCGAUGGACCAGUAGAUGCUAUUUGGAUUGAGAACCUCAACACGGUCUUGGACGACAACAAAAUAUUGACUCUUGCUAACAACGAUCGUAUCCCCAUGACGGAAAAUACGAGGAUCGUUUUUGAAGUGGAGAAUCUUAACAACGCAUCUCCAGCUACCGUCAGUCGUGCGGGGAUCAUCUUUGUCUCCGCUUCUGACCUGGGAUGGAAGCCUUUGAUCCGAAGCUGGCUGGAACGGCUCGCCUCUGAAGGCCCUGAAGGCGUACAGAAAUCAAAAAUCAUGAGCGAUUUAUUCGACAAGUAUAUAAACUCGUCUCAAGUAUACGACUUCGCUCUCAGAGAUUGCACUCACGUGAUGCAAAUCACGCCCGUCGUUAUGACUGUGCAACUUCUGAACCUUCUUAGUAGCAUGCUGAUGUCAUAUGAAGGUGCUGGCGAAGGCAUGACCCAGCAAGACUACGAAAACAUGAUGGUAUAUGCUAUAGCUUGGUCUUGUGGCGCCUUAUUUGAACCAGAGGACAGGCAAAAGUUUAGUACAUUCUUAAAAGAAAAGAUGGGGUCACCACACCAGUGCGAGCCAGGACUUACAAUUUUUGAUUACUUCGUCGACCCGAAGACCAAGAGGUUCCGCAAAUGGGUGGCACCUGACUGGACCCCACCAAAAGGGGCUUUCUCCUUCUCAUCGAUCCUCAUACCGACUCUUGACUCAGAAAGGGCUGAAUAUCUUCUGCAGCUCAUGACAUGUUUGCCACAGUCAAGAAACCCACCAUCGUUUCAGUCCGUUUUGCUACUCGGAGGCCCUGGUACAGCCAAAACCUCUACAGCGCUCAUGUUUUUGGAGAAGCUGGACGCCAACGAAACCUUGUGGAAGAGGGUGAACCUUUCGUCAGCCACUCUCCCUGAGCGUUUCCAGCAAACCAUCGAAUCUAACCUGGAAAGGAAGACAGGGAAAACCUACUGUCCGCCAGGUGGCAAACAAAUGGUCUUCUUCCUGGAUGACCUGUCCAUGCCAUUUGUAAAUGCCUGGGGUGAUCAAGUUACUCUGGAAUUAUUACGCCAGUUAAUUGAGCAGGGAGGCUUCUAUUUCCUAGAAAAAGACAAAAGAGGCGACUUUAAGUCUAUCAUUGGUCUCCGGUAUAUAGGAGCGAUGAAUCACCCUGGUGGUGGUCGUAAUGAUAUUCCAAACCGUCUAAAAUCUAAAUUUUUCUCACUGAACAUGAUUCUGCCGUCGUUGACUUCCGUUGACAACAUAUAUGGGUCGAUGAUUCGAAGCAGAAUUACCUUGAAGAAUGGUGCAACACCACUGGUCGUCGAUAUGUCGACAAAACUUACCCAAGCUACAAUUGACGUGUGGCUCGAAGUUAAGAAGCUGUUGUUGCCUACGCCUAGCCGCUUCCAUUACAUCUUCAACCUACGCGAUCUUUCACGGGUGUUCCAAGGAGUACUGAACUGCCCGCUCGAUGUCGUAAACACUUGCGAAAACUUCCUUGGCCUCUGGAAGCACGAGUGCACCAGAGUGUUGGCGGAUAAACUAUGCCGAAAGAGCGACAAGGACGUUGUUGAAAAGGCCAUAAACGAUGCCUGCACCAAGCACUUUGGCGCGGCGUUGCAGAAAGCAGUCGCAGAUACGCCAUGGUUCGCCGACUUCCUGAGGGAGCCUGGUGAAGACGAAUCCGGGGAACUACUACCUGCUCAGAAGGUAUAUGAGCCAGUGCCAAAUCUACAACUCGUCAGAACCAGAGCGAUGGAAUAUCUUCAGCGCUAUAACGAAGAAAACCCAGCAAAGGCGGCCGACUUAGUUCUAUUUGACGAUGCACUAGCUCAUCUAAUGAUCAUUUCGAGAAUUAUUCAGAUGCCGCGGGGAUCAGCAAUGCUUGUGGGUGUUGGAGGCUCCGGAAAGCAGUCGCUUACUCGGCUGGCCUCGUUCAUUGCUGGCCACUCCCAGUUUCAAAUCGCUAUCACCAAGACGUAUAGUGAUGGUGCCCUGUUUGAUGAUUUCCGAGCCCUCUACGUAAACACUGGACAGAAGAAUAUGCAAACGACCUUCCUUCUGACGGACUUGGAAAUAAAGAACGAGGGCUUUUUGGAAUACUUCAACUCUUUCCUCUCCACAGGAGAAAUCUCCGGUCUUUUUGCCAAAGAUGAAAUGGAUUCUAUGGUCGCUGACAGACGAGCCGACUUCAUCAAGGAAUGCCCACACUUGCCGGAAACUAUGACAAAUAUGUACAAUUUCUUCUUGAAUCGCGUCCGUGCAAACUUGCACAUAGUCCUCUGCUUCUCCCCAUUGAGCAGAAAAUUUGCAGAUCGGGCACAGAAGUUCCCGGGACUCUUCAGCUGCACGACCAUUGACUGGUUCUUGCCAUGGCCUGAAGCCGCGCUAGUUGCCGUCUCGUCGAGCUUCCUGGACAAAUUCGAAAUAGACGCAAGCGCUGAAAAAAAACUUGUCUUGUACAACGUUAUGGGUAACGUGCAUAAUAAUGUAAAUCGAACUUGUGAUGAGUAUUUCCGACGCAUGAGGCGCUACGUCUACGUCACACCAAAGUCGUACCUCUCAUUUAUUAAUUUCUACAAGAAGGUCUACACCGAAAAGUUCGACGAAGUGAACAACCUGGAGCGCAGCGUUAACGUGGGUUUGAAGAAGCUGAACCAGGCUGCUCAAGAUAUUAAACAAAUGAAGGUGCAGCUGAAGGCUGAAGAAAAGAAACUGCAAGAGUCCGAAGUGCAGACAAACCAGCUUUUGGCCAAAGUACAAAGCGAGUCUGCCAAGGCCGAGAAGAAGAGUCAAGCAGUGGCAGCAUUCCGAGAUGAAUGUCUAAAGAACAAAGAAGAGAUUGAGCGAGAGCAAGAAGAAGCUAACAACGACCUGCAGGCAGCUCUACCCUACCUGCGGGAGGCCGAAGACGCAGUCAAGUCCAUCACUGCAAAGGACAUAGUUGAGCUAAAGACGAUGAAAACGCCUUCAGAUAUUAUUCGCCUUGUCUUCGACGGUGUUCUUAUUCUCCUUCAAAAUCGGCUGGCAGAUGUUAAAGCAGAAUCGAAGGUCAUAAAUAAGAAACAGAUUGACUUUAUUCAUGAUUCCUUUGACGAAAGUGCGAAGGCAAUGAUGGCGGACGUUCACUUCCUCUCCAACCUCUUCGACUUUUCCAGGAAAGAGAAGGAUAAUAUCAACGACGAGACCUGCGAACUCCUGUUACCGUACCUCGAACUGGAGCACUUCAAUCCAGCAGUUGCUAAGAAGGCGUCAAAUGCUGCUGAAGGGCUGUGCAAGUGGGUCGGAGCUAUGGUCAUGUAUCAUGAGGCGGCAAAGAUUGUCAAGCCAAAAAUGGACUACUUGACAGUACAAACAGCAAGGGUUGAGGUUGCCCUCCGUCAGUUAAGCGAAGCAGAAGAGGAGUUGCGAAAGGCUCAGGCGGUGCUCGACGAAAUAAAUCGUCAAUUCCAGGAGGCACUUGCAUCGAAGCGAGAGCUAGAGCAGAAGGCACAGGCGACAAAGCGCCGAAUGGAACAGGCGAACAGGCUGAUCAACGGACUUGCAGGAGAAAAAGCUCGAUGGUCGGUACCCCCUGAUCUUCCUAUUCUUUGCAUGGGUGACGAAGGCGAUGGUAAAUUAUUAUUCAUGAGAGGCGAUGAUGCGUAUUCUGUUGCAGGACGGAAGAUUCGAACACUUUCGCUGAAAGGAGAAAACGGCUGGGUUAUGUUGAAGGAUGCCAAGAAUAACGGCAUUCCCUGCUCUGACACUCUUAACAUUGUCGAUUUACUUGUCGAUGAGGGAACCCGCGGGGAGUGGAACCUGCAGGGCCUCCCCGCAGACGAGUUGUCUGUGGAAAAUGCCAUCAUUGUUACGCGAUCAGAUAGGUACCCCCUACUUGUAGACCCGCAAGGACAAGCGCAUAAUUGGAUUAAGAAGAAGGAAGAAAAGAGCAUGAAAGGUUCUCGCCAGUGUAUAACAACAGCAACUGAUCCAAGGUUUAAGGAUAAGGUGGAGUUCUGCCUUUCGGAGGGCCUGCCAAUACUGAUUGAAAAUCUUGGCGAUAAUGUGCCGGAGGUCUUAGAUCCCAUUCUUGAAAAGCAGUUCGUUAAAAAAGGAAAACGGCUCUAUGUUACCUUCAUGGACCAACAAGUGGAGUACAACUCAGGGUUUUGCCUGUACAUGACAACGAAGCUCGCCAAUCCUCACUUCUCCCCAGAGAUCAAUGCGAAAUGCACCAUGAUAGACUUUACUGUUAUGCAUGAAGGUCUUGAGCAGCAGCUGCUUGGUCGAGUUCUCUCUAUGGAGCAGAGAGCUCUCGAAGAGUCGCUCAACCAGCUGGUGGAAUCGUUGACGGCAAAUACAAAGGCUCUGAAAGAGCUGGAUAGUCAGCUGCUUGAUCGUUUGUCCCAUUCUUCUGGAAACCUUUUGGACGACCUGGAGCUUAUUGAGGUGCUUGCCAACACCAAAGCGAAGGCAAAAGAAGUCGAGAAAAAGCUCAAAGAUGCCCAGGAGAAGAAGGCAGAGAUUAAUGAGAAGAGAGAGCAGUAUCGUCCAGUGGCAACGAGAGGAUCCGUCCUAUAUUUCUGCAUGGUCGAGGCCUCUUUGAUAUGUUGGAUGUACAACAGCUCCCUCGCGCAGUUCCUAGAGCAAUUUGAUAUCUCUGUUCAUAGAUCAGAAAAGGCACAACCAACCCAUAAGCGAGUAGAGAAGAUAGUAGAAUAUCUGACUUACCAAGUCUAUAGGUACGUCUGCCGAGGACUUUUCGAGCGCCACAAGCAAACCUUUGUGAUGAUGCUUAUACUAAAAAUGUUGCAAAUCGAUGGUGUACUUCAAUCUUCUGACAUUUCUUUACUUCUCAACGGUGGCGCAGGACUUGAUGAGAAGGCAGAAGCGCCUUGUCCCUUCAGGUGGUUAGGGCAGGACUCAAAAGUAUGGCUAAACGUCUUGCAGCUCUCAAGGACAAGCUUCGGUCGAGACCAAAUACAACUCUUCUGCGAAUUGCCAGAAUCGCUUAGCAAAAACGAAGCUGCGUGGAAGAAGUGGAUGGAAGAUAACGAGCCAGAAAAUCUGCCAAUCCCGGACUACGAAGACAGACUUAAGUGCCUGAAAAACCUCGGCCACAUUCUAAGGCUCUGUCUUAUCCGCUCGAUGAGGCCUGAUCGAACAGUGGUGGCAUCAGCACGUGCUAUCGAUCAGCUAUUGGAGCCAAAGUAUACCGAACCGGUGACUGAUUCUGUUGAGUCCAUAUGGCAAGAAUCAUCCUGUCGCGUUCCAGUGAUAUUCUUGCUCUCCGCCGGUGCGGACCCGACGUCAAGCAUUGACGAGCUUGCAAAGAAGAAGCGAAAGUUCCCGACUGACAAAGUGUCAAUGGGUGAAGGGCAGGAGGUUGUUGCAAGGGAAAAAAUUAAAUCAGGCUUUUUAUCCGGCAGCUGGGUAGUACUGCAAAACUGCCACCUUGGGCUGAAUUUCAUGAGUGAAAUCGAGGAGCUCCUCCUUCGGGAUUUCCGUUUGUGGAUUACAUGCGAGCCUCAUAAUAAGUUUCCCAUUGGACUUCUACAAAUGGCCAUUAAGGUCACAAAUGAGUCGCCCAUUGGACUCAAGGCUGGGCUUUCGAGGAGCUUCACAACGAUGAUAACCCAGGAAACGCUGGACAAAGUAAACAACGAAAAGUGGCGUGCCAUUGUAUUUGCGCUUGCUAUGCUGCAUAGCGUUGUCCAAGAGAGGCGAAAGUUCGGUCCCUUAGGCUGGUGCAUCCCGUAUGAAUUCAAUUAUUCGGAUUUGGAGGCAUCGCUAUUCGCUGUGGAGAAGCAUCUUGCAGCAACAAUACUUGUGGGGCAACCCUUAUCAUGGUCCACCAUAGGAUACAUGGUUGGCGAAGUGCAGUAUGGAGGGCGUAUUACAGACGAUCUAGACAGAGAGAUGUUCAACACUUACACCGGAAAAUGGCUGACCGACGACCUAUUCAGGGCGGGAUUUUGCUUUAACAGUAGUACUACAAAUGCUCAUGAAUUCAUGUACAAAGUCCCCCAAGCAACAGACAUUUCUGUGUAUCGCGAUUACAUCAACUCACUACCCUAUGUCGAUCAGCCCGGUGUUUUCGGCCUCCAUGUAAACGCCGACCUUACCUUCAGACUGCAAGAGUCCGCAUCAAUGCUCGAAACCAUACAGGAUACUCUACCAAAAUCUUCUUCAGGCGGCAAAGGAAAAUCGCAGGAAGAUACUGUACGCGAGAAAUGCGUCGAAAUGUUAAGCAAAAUGCCAGAUGACUUCCAAGAGAGAGUGUACAGAGAACAGGUGUCUAAGCUCUCUGGACCACCAGCGUUGAAUGCCAAAGGAUUUGCUGCUCCGCUAAAUAUAUUCCUCUAUCAAGAAGUUCAGCGCAUGCAGCGAAUUUUAUCUAUCGUUCGUACCAACUUAUCAUCGAUCAUUAGUGCAAUCGAUGGUACCGUCAUCAUGACCCCAGACUUACAGGAUGACGUGAUGGCGAUUUCUGACUUGCGGGUGCCACGUCGUUGGGUUAAGGAUCCAAGCGGUGCAGAAAUUUCCUGGCUAUCUCCCACUCUUGGGAAGUGGUUUUCGGGAAUGAGGCUUAGGGUUGAGCAGCUAUGCGCGUGGCUGGAAAAAGGAAGACCCAAGUCAUUUUGGCUCGCUGGGUUUUUCAAUCCCACGGGGUUCCUUACUGGAAUGAUGCAGGAGGUCACGAGGCAGCAUAAGAGGGACCAGUGGGGACUUGACGACGUCGUUCUGCACUCAGAGAUGCGCACUGUGGAUGUUGAGAAAAUAAAAGACAUACCAGAUGAAGGAGUCAACAUUCACGGUCUAUAUAUAGAGGGAUCCCGGUGGAAUUGGCACGAGUCCAGGCUGGAAGAAUCGUUGCCGAAAGUCAUGGUUGAUAGAAUGCCCGUUGUGCACGCUACCGCAUUAACAUCUAAGGACAAACGCAAUAAAGCCUUAGACUACGGACAAUUUGAACCAUACGACUGCCCCGUUUACAGGUAUCCAAACAGGACGGACAAAUACUUGGUAUUCCGAGUACAGUUGCGCACAGACCAGCACCCUUCCCACUGGAAGCUACGGGGAACAGCGUUGCUGUGCUCGACUGAAUGA